GACGAGAGCCGCUCUCUCCGGACAGCGCUUUUCAGAAAAAGCUCGGCUUGUCCCACGUCCGUCCGCCCCCCCGGUUCCCCCCGCGAAGCGCAUCGAAUGGUUUGACCCGGCGACUAUUUAUAAUGGGUCCGUCGGCUGUGCGCGGACUCGACUACCGCACAGGGAGGGGGAAACGAAACGGAGGCGAGCGGAGCGGAGCGCCGUGCGCGCAGCGCUCAGGGAUGCGGAUGCGGCAGCGGGAGCGGGAGCGCAGCCGGUAGAAACGCGAAUAAAACGGUCCGGCGGCGGUAACGGCCAGUUCACGAUGCUGCCGUGGAAGAGGAGCAAGUUCGAGCUCAUCGAGGAGGACCAGCGCGCCAAGCAGAAGGGCUACUCGGCGAGCCUCAGCUACUCCGCGCUCAGCUCCCUGGCGCGCUCGUGCCCCGAGAGCGCCCUCUGGCGCGUGGGCAGCGUGUUCCGCUCGCGCAGGAAGAAGGUGCAGAUCACGGGCGAGGACCCCACGUACACGGUGCUGUACCUGGGCAACGCCACCACGAUCCAGUCCAAGGGCGACGGCUGCACGGACGCGGCCGUCAGCAAGAUCUGGAGCCGCAGCGACAUGGCCAGGAGCGGCACCAAGAUGAAGCUGACGGUGAGCGCGCAGGGCAUCCGCAUGGUGCACGCGGACGACAAGGCGCGCCGGCCCGGCCACCUCUACCUGCUGCACCGCAUCACGUACUGCGUGGCGGACCCGCGCCUGCCCCGCGUCUUCGCCUGGAUCUACCGGCACGAGCUGAAGCACAAGGCGGUGAUGCUGCGCUGCCACGCCGUGCUGGCGUCCAAGCCGGAGAAGGCCAAGGCCAUGGCGCUGCUGCUGUACCAGACGUCGGCGGCGGCGCUCGCCGAGUUCAAGCGGCUCAAGCGGCGGGAGGACGCCCGGCACCAGCAGCAGCAGCUCGUGGGCGAGGGCACGGUGCCCGUGGCGCCCCUGCGCAAGCUGCUGCUCCUCAACGGGCAGUGCUGCUACAAGCCGCCGGUGGAGCGCAGCCGCAGCGCCCCCAAGCUGGGUUCCAUCACCGAGGACCUGCUCGGCGAGGAGCAGGAGGAGAGGGCCGCGCACUUCGAGUACGAGGACUUGCUGGGCGGCGGAGGCGUCCCGGAGGACGCCGGCCAGGGUCUCGACCGACUCAUCGGUGACCUGGCGGAGAUGAGCAUCGGCAACGACGUGCGCGCGCUCAGGGCCGACCUCGGGGUCACCCGGCUGCUGUCCGGCGAGAGCACGAGCAGCGAGUCAUCUGCCGACGGGCCCCAGGAGGCCCCGAGUACCCCGGAGGACGGCCCGGUGCAGGAAAUGGGCUGAGCGUCCCCAGCGACGCGUCGAAGUUGCCGCAAACUGGGCUCCGUGCCUUAGCUGGCCCUUCUGGGCCCAUCACCGUGACGUGGCGCCCAGCCCGUGCUGCUGUUGUGCCCGGUUCGAACCACUGGCAUGUGAAUGUGUGCUGCCAAAGUCUGGGGGGCACAGCAGUACAAACCCUAGGAGAUAAUGGAUUAGGGUUUUUUUUUUUUUUUUUUUUUUUUGAACCAGGGACACCAGGCCUGGAAAGCCACAAACAACAACAAACAAAAAAUGGCAACAAAAAUGUCAACAAACUGCAAGUAGAACAAAAACGGCAACAGAUCGAAACAUAGACGUAAACAUCUCCAUACAAGCAACAACAGUAGAAGAGGAGCGGAAGAGCCCAUCCAAGUUGCUGAGGCUUUGCCGUUCGUUCAUUAGCUUAUCGUGAGUGUGGAAGAGGAAAGUGUGCGGAAUCGGGGAAUUCCAGUGUAAUGGCGCGGUAAACACCCCGGUGUGUAUCCGGGGAGAAGAUGCCAAAUCCUGCAACGACCAGUCCUAAGGAGAGCACCUUCUAAUCAGUGCAGUGCUGUCCUUACCAUCCAGUAGAGGGAUAUUUUCUAUUAUUAUUAUUAUUAUUAUUAUUAUUAUUAUUAUUAUUAUUAUUAUUAUUUGCACUGUUGUGAAAUGUGUGUGUAAUGUAAUCGACUGUUUUGUACAUCUUCUCAUUCUCCCGGAAAGUCUUCAGAAAUAUAUUAUCUUUGCUGUGCAAAAGAAACACCGUAAUGUAUUAAGAUGUCAAUAAUAAAUUAUGUGCAUACAA